UGUUUGACGGAUAAAAUUUUAAAAUUUUCUCUUAAAAAAGAGUCUACUCCCUUCACCAAUAAUCAAUUCAUAUUUAUUUCAUGGUUCUAAUCUUUCAAUUGCUGUCUUAUGAUCAUAAUGACAAAGGUUCAUACUUCCAAACAUGGAUAGAUAACUCUUGGGUUAUCUAUUUUGCAAAAUACACAUUAACUCUCUCGCGCACUAAUGGGUAAACCCUGUUCCCUCCCAUGCCAAUUUCUCUCCAUCACUUCCCCCAGACUCUCCCUUCUCUCUCAACCCUUCUCAGGUCUUGCAAAUCCCAAAACCAGCUUCACCAAAUCCACGCCCACAUAAUUAAGAAGGGCCUGCACCAAGAUCAAUAUCUCAUCAGCCUUUGUAUCUCCCUUUCCACUUCGCUCUCUCUCUCCACUUCCAUUUUCAAUAGCUUUCUCCAGCCAAGCACUUUCCUUUGGAACUGUCUCCUCAAUGGGUACUCUAAAAAUUCCUCUUUUUUUCAAACCUUGUCGCUUUUUAUCCGUAUGAAGAGUGAAGGUGGGCUUCCUGAUAAGUACACCUACCCUUUGGCGAUCAAAGCUUGUUCGAGUGAGGUUAAGGCAUGGGAAGGGAAAAUGCUUCAUGGGUUAGCUUUAAGAAGUGGAUGCGAAAAAGAUGUUUUUGUUGGGACAAGUUUGGUUGAUUUUUAUGCGAAAAUUAAGGAAAUAUUGAAUGCGAAGAAAGUGUUUGAUGAAAUGUCUGAGCGAAAUGUUGUGUCUUGGACGGCUUUGGUUGUUGGGCAUAUUAAUGUUGGUGAUAUUGUGGAAGCUAAGAGAGUGUUUGAUUUGAUGCCAGAGAGGAAUGUGGCUACAUGGAAUGCUUUGAUGGGGUGGUGGGUCAAAACAGGGGAUUUAGUGACUGCUCGGAAAGUGUUCGAUGAGAUGCCUGAAAGAAAUGUGAUUUCUUAUACGAUGAUGAUUGAUGGAUAUGCAAAGGCUGGCGAUAUGGCAUCAGCAAUGUUUUUGUUUGAGCAGGCUCCGGAGAGAGAUAUCUUUGCGUGGUCAGCAAUGAUUUCGGGAUAUGAACAAAAUGGUCAACCUAAUGAGGCUGUCAAGAUGUUUAUUAGAAUGUCAGAAAUGGAUGUUAAACCGGAUAAAUAUAUUCUGGUUAGCUUGAUGUCUGCUUGUUCUCAGGUGGGUAGUUUGAAAUUGGCUAUGUGGGUUGAUGGUUAUCUAAGCCGAAGUGAUGUUGAUGUUAGCCAAGCACACGUUUUGGCAGCUCUUAUUGAUAUGAAUGCAAAGUGUGGAAACAUGGCUAGAGCAGCUAAGUUGUUUGAGGAGAUGCCAAAACGGGAUUUGAUUUCAUAUUGCUCAAUGAUACAAGGAUUGGCUAUCCAUGGCCAAGAGGCUCAAGCUAUUGAGCUUUUCAAUAGAAUGAUAAGCGAAGGGCUGGUUCCAGAUGAAGCAGCCUUCACUAUUAUUCUGAAUGCUUGUAGCGGUGCUGGCCUUGUUGAGGAAGGUUGGCAUUAUUUUGAAAUCAUGAAAAACGAAUACUCCAUGUUUCCUACGCCGGAUCAUUAUGCUUGCAUGGUUGAUCUUUUAAGUCGAACAGGACGACUAAAAGCAGCCUACAAUCUUAUAAAAUCUAUGCCUGUGGAACCUCAUGCUGGUGCUUGGGGUGCUCUUCUUGGGGCCUGUAAAUUGCAUUGUGAUGUUGAGUUAGGGGAGUUGACUGCUGCUAGGCUGCAUGAGCUAGAGCCACUGAAUGCUGCUAAUUAUGUGCUGUUGUCCAACAUAUACGCGGCUGCAGAGCAAUGGGUGAAUGUUUCUCAUGUGAGGAAUAAAAUGAAGGAGCGGGGUCUAAGAAAAGUACCUGGUUGCAGUUGGAUUUAAUUCAUUAAGUGAAUUUGUUAUUGGCUAUGCCCCCUCUGUUCCUAAACUACAUAUUCUCAUGCAAUUUGACACACCCUAAGGGCAAUUUUGGUUCCCAAAGGUUUAAUUGUUGAAUUGAGUUUGAAGAACUUGACCAAUACUCCCAUGGUUCAAAGGAAUUGAACAAGGGUGAAGCAUUUAGCAUUGUUACACAUCUCAAGCCUUCUUAGGACUGGAAAAUGACUGCAAAUUAUAGAAAAUUUCACUUGAGACUAAGAGUCAAUUUUGUAUGUUCCAUCUAGUUUCAAGUAUUAAUUCAUUUCUCUCUUGAGUGAUGCUGGCAACAAA